UGUUAACCUGGAACUUGCUGUAGUUGAAAUACAGGGAAAACGGGCAAAAAUUGCCAGAUAUACCUGUCUCUUCACUUAAAUGUGGUGUCUGAAUGAAAGCUCAGAUAUUCUGUUUUCUCUGGGCUUUUGGCUUAAUUAUCAGGCCUUCAUUUACAUAAGAGGGAAUCCGUGUUGAGAGAGAAGGCCCGUGUUAGAUAGCAAGGAUAGAUUCGUCAGUUACUAGGCUGUCCGUACAGUCAUUUGUCUGUCAGCCAAACACGAUUUCAUACCAUAUGGUCACAUUUGGGAGGACAUUUUCUGGACCUGUGACUCUAUCUGUGGAUCAGAACUUUAUCAAUAUGUUGUAAUCACACAAUUGAGUUGACUAGACACUGUUUAAUUGUGAAAAUUGGACUUUGCUUGAUCUGGAAUUGAUAUUUCCUAUUUUAGCCAUCUGUAGAUAUUUCGGGGUCUAUAAAAAGAACUGUCAGGCUUUUAUGCCAUUGUGGUUAACUGUGUUUUCAUUCAAGAAAUUUCUUCAAAGGGAAUUUUAUAUGGAAAUUUGAUGGGCAUGGAAGAAAUUCUGUGAAUUGUGUAAAUUUGUGCUUGGUUUAACUAAAAAGAAACUAACGAAGCAUUGAUUUCAUUUGUAUUAGUGCAUUUGACUGCCAAGCAUAAAACUCGGAAUUUCCCUUAUGGAAACAUCUAUUGGUGAUAUUACAUAAUCAGUGAAGAUACACUGUCUACAUUCCAUAAAACCAACUGCACUACUGUCAUGUUGAAUUGUUUUAUGAGAAAAGGAACUUGGACUUUAAAGGUGAAAAAGGCGGGUAGGGGUUAGAAUUAUGGAAUCAACUGUGUGACUCCGUUGUGUUGGUGUUUGCUGUCAUCGGUGGACAUAGAUACAAAAAAUUAAAUGCUUCCAGGGGAUGUAUAUUACUAUUCUUCCAAUUCUUUAGUCUUGUGUGUUCAGCAGAACCUCGAGAAGGAGGACGUUCCUGAGCCCCAGGUCUCCCCCAAAACAGCAGGAUUGAAUCCCAAUGCGUCUGUGUUUUUGAGCUCUAAACAAUGUAGUCCGACAGACCCGACACAUUGGGAUGGUGGUAUAACAGCUAAUGGCUAUGCGUGUGUCAAUGGAGAUGACAACCCCCAAGAGCAGGGAGGGAUCUACCAGCAGCCAGACUCGCCUCUCCAUAGUAGUGCCAUUGGAGAAGAAGGGGAUUCCCCUGUGGGGUUCCCUAACUCUGACAACAGCAUGGUAUCAACUGUUGAAGAUGAGGGAAUUAUUACUGAUGGCAGCAUGGAUGAAGACAGCAUCAGACAGUUGCUUAAAACACAGCUGGAAACGUGCUUCUCCAGAGAUAAUUUGUCCAGUGAUACAUACCUACAGUCACAGAUGGAUUCCGAUCAGUAUGUCCCCAUCACCACCAUAGCUAACCUAGAGCAGAUUCAGGAGCUCACCAAUGACUUGCAACUCAUUGUACAACUUCUUCGAGAAUGUGCAGGUGUUCAGGUUGAUGAAAAAGGAGAAAAAGUGCGUCCAAACCAUAAUCGAUGUAUUGUCAUUCUUCGGGAGAUCCCAGACACCACACCAGUUGAGGAAGUUCAGGCAUUAUUUGCUGGAGAAAAUUGUCCCAAAUUUGUGAGUUGUGAGUUUGCCCACAAUAACAACUGGUAUGUGACUUUUGACUCUGACACAGAUGCUCAGCGAGCCUAUCAGUAUUUGAGGGAAGAGGUCCGAAACUUUCAGGGAAAACCCAUCAUGGCUAGGAUAAAAGCUAAGCCAUUGAUUAGAAUGACAUACUCCAGUAACGGGUACAAAAGCCGGUACCACCAGCAGUUACAGCAACAACAACAACAACAACAGCAAGCACAGGUGAAUGCCCAGGCCAUGCAGCAGGUUGUACAGCCUACGAGUCCAUCCGAGUCUCAGGCCACAGUGCCCACGAUGACCAGCCAGCCGUUUUCCACCCAACAGGCCUCUGUUCCCCUCAUGUCAGGGGUGCCCCAGUACAUAAAUGGACAUCCUCUUCCCUUCUUUGCACCAAAUCCACUCCUCUCUCAAUGGCCAACUAGUCCAACAUUGCUGGACCCCAGCAUGAAUGAAUCUCUACUGCAGGUGCUGGCCAUGAACGGUUAUCAACCCACCUCCAUUAAGCUGAAUACCACAGCCCCCAGACACCAGUACAGCAACAUGAACAGAAACAGUAGAAACAGUGGUCGGCCAAAUCGUUCGAGUAACCCAGAGAGGUUGGACAACCGAAUGAACUAUGAGAGAAGUAACACUAUCAACCACAACAGAACUAGUCCACGACACCAAGACAACUCCCAGAUGUCUCCUGCUCCCUACUCAAACCGGAAUCGGGGAGAGAACAGUAAUCAUUCACACAGCUCAAGCGUGCAACAGCAAGGGCACAAUAACUUAGACACCAAUAAUUCCAGUAUCUCUAGUCGACAAUCAGAUGGACUUCCACCAGCUCAAAGGGGUUACAGAAGUCGACGUAGGCGUGAUGAAGAAGGAGGUCCAAGAAAACAGCUGCCCUCCAAAGAGAAGCCAGCUGCUGAGACUCAGUUUGAUCUAGAAAUAAACUCAUUCCCUCCAUUACCAGGCCCAGUGCCAGCAAAUUCCUCAUCUUCUAACAAUGAGGUAUUUGAAAGCAAAUUAUCAGAUGUUGUGAAAGGUACUGCAAAACCUGUAGUGCGAGAAACCGUAACAAAGGCACAAGUAUCGCAACCUGUUCAACAAAGUAGCCAAUCACAACACGUGGAGCCUGUCGGAGUUCCUGCCACCCCCAGGCCCUCAACACCCCCUUCACAACCAUCAAAAGACAAUUCUAGCAAUAAUACUAAUAAUAGUGCAUUAAGUGGUGCAAGUGCUGUGCCCACCCAGACAACAGUCGUUGCCUCAAAUAGUAACUGUGGGGGCAAUAGUGUCCCGCCUCCAAGGGUACCCUCACCUCCUGCUGUCUCCCCUCAAAAACCACAGAAAACUAGCAGUAUACAGGAACCAGCUGUAAAUCAUGUUGACACACAUGCCUCAACUGUUUCCAAGUCGUCUCCUGUGAACCAAGUCAAAGCACAGGUAUCUGUCGAUAAAAACUCCCCCGUCAAACUUUCCUAUGCUCAAAUGGUGCAACGUGGUCGAGAUAGUGAUUCGGCUGCAGAAUCGAAAAAUAAUUCAGACUCUGAUUCAGAAAGUGUACAACAGAAUACACUGAAAGAACAGUCACAGGCCAAGACAUCCACUGCCAAGAAAGACCAAACAGGCCCACGUAAAGACUCGGAGCUCCCCAGAGACCAGCGCCAUUUCAGUGGGCGCCGAGCCAAGGAAAACCGUGAGAGAAGGGACAGGCGUAGAAGUGAGCGCGAGACUUCCCGAUUAUCUACAAAAUGAAAGUUUCAGGGACUGGGCACUAGUUGAAGAGGGAGAAAAUUGGAUUAUUAGAAACUGCUUACUGGAUAUUGCCAAAGUUUCAUGCAUCAGGAAAAGAUUCUUGAGGGAAAUUUGUGAGAAAAUCAUGCACAGAUUAUGUACAGAAGUCACACAUGGAUUGAUUUUAGAAUUUGUCUUGAGACAUGCAGACCUGUGAAUUGUCUUUUCACCUUUUCUAUGCUGCCUACUCUAUUUCUAUCUUUCCUUUUGCUAUUAAUGAGAGUUGUUAAAGUAAUUAAUUUAAGGAGAAAAGUUUUGUUUUCCAGAUAACUUGGAUUUAUUUGAGAAACAAAUUAAUGCAUGAAUUGAUUAUGUUGCUGUAACAAACUUGUUUGGGAUUUUUGAGAGUGCAUUGUUGCAUACUCGAGAAUUUUUUUUACCUCAGACAAAAAGUUGUGCUCAUGUACUGACACAUUCGUCAUAUCACCUAAUAGAAAAGUACUCAGUGCUGAUAGAAAGUUGAGCAGUCGAUAGAUAGAGCAAAUGACUAGUAGUGCAUUUCCUUUUGAGGAAAGGUAUUUUAAUUUGAAUUGUAGUAUUUUAAUGCCUGUUAAUGGGGAAUCCCCAUGUAGACUUUAAAGUACUUAGUGCACUUUUAUUGGUGAAAUUUCAUGAAGAGGGGAUACUUUACUGUUGAUUGUCAUUGCUCCAAGUGUUAACCAGCAUUUCAUUCAUUCUUUUGGUGUUGGAUUUUUUUUCUCUGCAACAUUGUUCGAUUAUUUUUUUUUUUUCUCUCUCUUUUUUUAAAAAAGAAGUAAAUUCCUGAGGUGAAAACCUCCAUAAAUAUAUCAUAAGAAUGGUGCCCAUGCGUAAUUUAUUUCAGUUGAUUGGCUGGUAAUUAUGUUACUACAUUGUUAUAAUGCUUGAUUUUAUUAUUGCUAGUGAUCUCCCAACCCAAUUGUGUCAGAAUUAUAAAUAACCAUAAUUUCACAUAAACAAGGGAUGUACAUAUCCUAAUAUUGAGGGCAGGGUAUUGUAAAAAUAUUGUUGCAAGGAAUUAUUAGUGGAUCAUUAAAUCUAUAUAUUUUGAAAUCUUGUAAUUAGAUAGUUGUAUAUGUUGAAAUGAGUUGUAUAUGACAGGGUUCUGUCAUACUGUAAAUGAUGCAAUUUUUUCAUUAUCUAGUAAAGAGUGUACAUGAGUGGAAAGUUUCUUGUUGCUAAAAGUUGUGGGUUGUUGUAUAUAGUAUUGGUCAGAGGGCAUGUUGAAUUUCUCUCUUAAAUUUAAAACCCUUCCCAAUCACCCAAUUUCAUGGCAAAACUAUUUGAUGGAGUCCUUGAUGCCAUGUCUAAUGUAAUAUCUAUUGUCAAUGCUGUUGCAUUAAUAAUGUUUAAUGUUCUUUAGAUUUUUGGCUGGAAGAUUUAUCCAUUAGUCUAGAGUAAUUGCUACAGAUGUUUGUGUAUUCAAGAUAAAAUUGACAGGUGCCCUCUGUGAGUCGAUGUACAGUGAUACAGUGCGGUGUGCACAGGUAUCUCAUGUUGUAUAUUUUUUUUGUCUGCUUGAAGCUUGAAUUGUAUAAUAGUAUGUCUUGUUUUGUUUAUUGUUUCCUUUCUUCAUUUAUUGGUGAAUGUAAAUUUGUUAAAUCAGCGAGGGUGUGAUUUAAUUUGUUUUGUUUUAAUUUCAUCAUGUUUACAUGUGACGAUAUAUGAAUUACAGGAUUUUAUGCCGUGUAUAUGUUGCUACAACAGAGGAAGACAAUAUCCAAAAGUGCAAAUAGCAUAAAGCAGUUUCCUGUGGAUUUACAGGCUGUAUCUUGUUGAUUGUGGUCUGUGUAUACAAAGUAGUAGUAGUAAACUAGUAGGACAUGGAGACAAGACUCACAAGGAAUAAAAUCUGUAAUCCCUUUGUGCAUGAAAUCCAUGUGUGUAGAUUGUUUGUAACAUGAUGAAGCUAGAACGGAUUUUUUGGAGUGUCUGUUGACAGAAAUGUUUGAAUGUUAAUGUAUUAUACAUGUACAUGUAGUGUGUGGAUGGAUGUUCUGAAGUCAUUUGUUAUAUUUUCCUUACACUUAUAUUUUAAUGGCUGCACCAGUUACAUUCUAACCUCAGUGCUUUAAUUUUUUUUUUAUCUAUUUACCUCUAAGUCAUGGCAAGGUAUUAUACAAGAUUUGAGCUUAUAGCCAAACAUUCUUUGAGUAUGAAUUUAUUUUAACCAUAAAAGACUUCAUUCCUUUUCUCAAGUUGACAGAGAUUACUGGUGGACAGAUUAUUGGGAUUACUGUUGGGCUGCAGUGUUUCUCUGAAUUCCGCUGAGAUUGUACAGGACGCCUAUGUCAGACUGUUGUCCUGUGGGAUCGGAUAGUUUAGUAUUCUGUCCAGUUAUAGGCUCUAAUACCCAUUCGCUGGAGGGGCUUUCUCUGUGUUGUGGGAUCCCUGUAGGGUAGCCAAGUUCCAUAAUUGUGUAGCGCCCUCUAGGAUUUGACACUGUCAUUCCAUGCCAUUGGAUGAAGGUGUUACAGUGGAACUGAAUGUUAAAUCCCAGAUGGGUAUCAUGUGUAGUGGUGCUGACCAUUUCAUAAUAUAUAGUGCCAUUUUUUGUUUGACACUCGGAGAAGAAAUUAUUUGGCAUCUACAUCCCCAUGUUGUGUUCAUGAAAAUCCCCAAAUGUAACCCGAUGUCAGUGAUAAAAGAUUCUGUUUUUCUGCUACAAUACUGAAAAUAGUGACUUUUCUAGGGCAUUGGUUUUAUUAAUGUGAUGAUGGUUGUUUAAGGACAUACUGGCAAAUACAUGAAAGUAGAUAACCGUUAGCAAAGGCACUAGUAAGACGUUCAUUUGUGAAAAAAGAAAAGGCAUACAGACAGAAAAGGGGGACAUGUUAGGUUGUGAAUUCUAGUAGUUGUACCUAAUGCUUUUGAUAGUGCAUAAAAGAAAAAAGGUAAUGUGGAUUAAUUGACAACAUAUCCAGCGAUAUUCGACUUAGUGUUACCCUAUGUUAUCAUCUCAUACGUAAUUAUAAUAUUCAAAUAGUGCAAUGGCUAGCUUCAUCGAGAAAGUUCCAACUCCAAACUAAUUGUGCCUGUUUUCAGAGUAUCCACAGUACUUGCUUGCUUGUGAUUAUGCAGCCAUAUACCCAGUUGUUGAACCUAAGAUCAUGCAGUAUUGAAGUAUAUGUACAUACUUGGAUGACAAAACUUGUAAACUAAGUGGGUGAUAGUCUUUUUCUCUGGUUUCUGAUUUGAUCAGUCAUGGACAUGGUGAAUAGUCAUUUUGCUAAGUUUUUCAUACAUCUAGUAUUUCAUCUUGUUUAUUAAUUGCACUGAUCGUACUUGUUAAAAAUCAAUGGGUCUUUUUGAGGAACUGAGGACACCAAGUCCAUACAUUUUUUACCAGGAAUUAUCAUGUAAACUCGAUUUGAACAGGAUGUGUGCUUCCAAAUACCCCAUUGGUGAAUGCUAAAAAUCAAAUGCUGCAAAAUACAUCAGAUUCAAAUCGGUAAACAUUGAGUAAGGAAAAGAUUCGAGACAUUUCCCAGAAAUAUGGACACUGGGUGCAUAUAUUUAUGCAAUUAUGGAUAUAUAUAUGUUAUUGUUAUUUAUUAUUAACCAUUAUCUGGAUUUGAAUGUCAUAAUUUUUAUCAUUUCAUGAUUUCUGCUCGAUUUUCAACAGCUUAAUCAUAAUUGUGGACUUUCCUUCCAAUCAAGUAAUUUUGUUCCAUGUACAUAUUUUCCCCACCAGCCUAUAGGUGUAAGAUAAGGUUAGAGUGUCAUGUAUUCAGAAAUUUAUCUUUUUUCAAUUUUUGUUUGAUCAUUUCUGUGCAUGUAUUCAGUGAGUCGAAGCGUGUACAAGUUGGUGUGUAUGAUCUCAUUGAAUUGAUAAAAUACAACAAAAAUGUUUGUCAAGUAUUUAUUUUUGCAUUUAGUAUGCUUCUUUUGACUGCAACUUUAUUGCAAGUAAGCAUGUCUUAACCAACUAAAUUGUCAAUUAGUGAUUUUCUAAGAAAAACAUGCCAUAGUUUUCUUUCAAUAUGAAAUGUACAACCAUUUAAAUGUUAGUUAAUGCAAAACCAUUGAAAUUUAUGCAGAAAUCAUUCUGCUGAGAACCUUAUUUGGGAUUUUAUUGAAAUACUUCUAUAUUGAUGUAAUGUUUUUGGACAUUUACUGUGAAUUUCAAUUUUAAAAAAGGUACAAUGAAAUUAAACAAGCAUCCUCAUCA